CCAAAACACCCCCCCACAGCAGGUCUCCGUACCAUGCUUGCUCCGUGUCGACGGUUGCGAUCUUCCAACAACGGCCCUUUUCGGGUUUCACGUCCAUCUUGCGCGAGCUUGCAGAUCAGGAGACCAAUUCCGGCCUUCGUUGUUCAACCUGGACCGCGACCAAUGAUCCGGAGGGCACGACUUGUCGUCGCCCUCUGCCGCUCCACCAGGAAACCAUGAUUACUGCCUCGUCCUUGUCUUUGUACUCGGGGUACUACACUGGAGUACCCACACAGCCCGUCAAACGAGACAAAAAGGACCCUCCCAAGUCUCGACCAUUUGCUCCUCCUCCACAAGCCACCACCCAGCGCUCUGGUCCGUCCUCCACGGAACAGCUUUCGAGCGCGAGCGUUGCCCAGUUUCUGGAUGCAGCAGCCGACGGCUCUCCCUCGCCCGAGAGGUCACGAAACUCGAACAAGCAGAUGAAGCGCGUCUCGCGAUUACACCGACAGCAUGGCCAUCGUGCCGCCUCGUCGGAGUCGUCGUCCCUGGCCUCAGUCGGCGCAAUGGAUGCCAUCGACCGGCCGCCAUGGGAGAUAGCACUGGAGAGCCACUUCAUUGCCCGACGAACGUCAACUCGUUCCAAUGACAGCAGCAGUACCCCGUCUCGUGACCGUGCUGAGAGCGUUCACAACUUCAGCAAGAACUUGUUCCACCGAAGAGGCAAGUCGAAGCGGGAAAGCAGCUCCCACAGCUCAUCUGCAAGCUCGAUAUACUCGGUUGACGGCCCAGCCGACUCCAACGGCCUUGGGACCAAGGAUUCCAUCCUACCGACCAUUUUCUCUCGUCGAAAGCCCUCCAGAGAUGAGGCAAUGCAGAAGAAACUGCAAAUAUCGGGUCCCUUCAACUUUCAGCACGUGGCUCACAGGCAACGAAAGCAGGCUGCACACGCUGCGGAGGCGGCCUACGUGGUAGACCCCACGGCAAGCUAUCCUCCCGUCCCAGCCCACGGUUCAAUCAGCAUGCCUACUGCCGUGAGAGGCCCAACAGCUGAGUUCCACGGCCAAUACGCCGUGUCAACGGACGCCAUAGAUGACGCAUAUAACGGUCACUACGAUGCCACGACGCCACAACAGUCGUCGUUUCCUCGCCAGUCAGCCCCUGUGCCCGCACCUCGACGGCUGGUGAAGCAUUCCCGCUCACGAGAGCGUCUUCGCAAGAGUCCACCGCGCCCCCCUGUGCGACCCCCGCGUUCGCCGGUCGAGGCCAGUCUUGUUUCUGCAGUCCCGCCGGUCCCUCCGCGCGUUUCCAGUCGGCAAUCCAACUAUCCGGACCCUCAUGAGCACGACUGGUCGACACUGGGCGAUCGCCCUCAGACAACGUUUGGCUUCCGACGCCCGCAGCCGUUCCCUCCUUUUAGCUCCGCAGAACAUCUGCCCACCGUCACGUCGGGCUACCGUGAACACAGUUCCGUCGCCGAGGGUGGGGCGCCGUCUUCCGUGCUUGGGGAGGCUCUCGACAUGGCUUGGCCGCUGAACUCACCGGUUCAGGGCUUAUACGAUCCGAUUCUAUCUGCGUUGCCAGACGUACCGGAGGAGGAAGAACAAUUUCGAGUAUCUCGCCAGUCUCGCCUCAGCCUCGUCAGUAACAAUUCAUCGCUCCGAGGAAGUCAUUCCGUCCCAAUGCUGCGGUCGCUUGCCGAGUUGCAAAGGCCGAUGAGCGGGGCUUCGGAGACACUAGGCCGAUCCGAACGCCCGGUGGCGCGGGGUGUCGCCGGAUCGGAAGCCAACCAGCCGGCGGGAUUAGGGCUCGGAAUGUCUUUGGACGGCUGGGAGGAUGACAUCGACUACUGCUACGAGCAUGAGGCAGAGGCAGACUGCAACUACGAGUGGGGACGGCCGUCACUGGAAACAGCUCGUGACAACGGCUCUCCUCCGACGCAUUCCUUCAUGGACAGCGAGCUGGGCGAGAUUAGAGGCCUGGGUCUGGCGCAAUCAUGCCCCGCAAUUCUCUCCCCGACUCCUCACGACCUGCCCGGCCUCAGUCCUGCUAGUCAGGCUUCGGCCGUACUGGGCCACGAGGCCGUGACGCCCACGUCGAAUCCGGUGGUGACGCACAACUUCUCUUUGCCCAAGGGUGACCGAAAGAACCCUCGACACCUGGAGCUGCGGACCGGCAACCGUGCUUCGUACGCAUCAAGUUUCAAGGAGUCUCACGGAUUCACUCUAUCGCCGUCUUUGCUCAUUCCUGGCGACUAUCAGCAGCAGAUGAUGAUCAAGGAGGCCGAAAAACACACCAAUUUGGACUACGACGAAUACCACGUCCCGCUCUUCCAGGCGGCUUUCUUCGAGGAGGGCACCCAUCCCAACACGAGGGCGGCACCAGUCUAUCAGAGGUCCAGCACGUCGACGACUACGACCGACUCUACUUCGCGGUCCAACUCGACCGGGAAGCGGCACAUGUCGACAGCUUCCUCGUGGACAACAGUCACGCGCCACACGGCCAGCAGCACGUCGCUGAACAAGUUGGCGGGCGCGUGGACCGACGAGUCGGAGCCAUUGCCGACAGUCACCUUGGGCGACAAGAUGCAAACGGGAGACGAGUGCGACCCGAGAAACGCGGCAACCAGAGAUACCGUUCCGGAGCUCGUCGGGUUCGCCACGACGACCAAUUCCAGAAGGGUACAGCAUAAGAGCCACGCCAGUGAGUCGCAUGUCGUCGACGAAGCAGGCCCUGGUCGGUCACCUGACUUCACGCGGAUGCGGAGGGGCCGCUCCAGAACCACGAGUCUGACCACCCAGACGCCACCGCCCGUGGGACAAUACGCCUUGUUUCCUCGGUCUUAUGUCAAGGCGAAUAACGCCGAUCAGAUCUAAGGACCCCUGCAUCAUGGUUCCUUCUUACACGCCGCACCCGGCGGGCAUGCGGUGACUUACCGUCACAUAUCACAGUCGUUUUCUUUUUGUUUUGUUUUGUUUUCUUAGACCUGCUUAACAUUUGAACCGGCACACGCUCGACACGACAGACAGCCUCUUUGCUUUCCCCUUUAUGCUUCUCGGACCUGUGCGCCUAUAGAUGGCAUAAGAGUUGCGCUGCAAUGCGGCAUGUCUGGAAGGCACACGACCCGGUGCACCAAGACGAGUUAUGAGCAGCGCACGGACCGCGUGGUUAUGUAUACGCUUCUGUCUCUCGUUCAAGGGCGUUGAUGGUGGGAUUUGGUUUUCUAUAUAAAGAAAAGCGGGAAAACAGGUUCUGCGGAAGUAGACGGCGCAAAAUUGGAUGGUUCCUCAAAACGUCUUCUUCCUCGGCUUUAUCGAGCGGCCAGCUCAGGAGCCAACGUUCGGUGGUAGCGCACGGAAAGGUCGGACUGUGGUGGGGACAGGCGACCGAGGGUGUUGGUUCCAUGUGAGCAGUGCGCAUCAGUUUGCGCUCUCGCCUUUGAGGGUGUAAGUGUAGCUCUGCCAGGGCACUGCGUGGAGAAGGGGGCUCGCAAGGACCGACCACCUGUGUAUGUAGGAAGGGACGGACGGACGGGGGAGCGAACAUUUGCGUUGGACCGACCUACUAGCGAGGAAGGCCUGGCGACGGAGCUCGAUGGGCACGAAUUAUCAAUUCGAUCGAAGUUACCAAAGUAG